AUGUAUCUUACCGGCCUUGCGUUCUGCGCGGCUGCUUUCCUUACUUCCGUCCACGCACAGAGCUAUCCGGGAUGCAAGGGUGGAUUAUAUGCACUUGUUGGGAGAGAUGUCUCCAAAUACCCUCCUGCCCAGACAUUCUGCUCUUCGAAGUUCCCAGUGCCGGUCCAAACGUCGACUAUCGUAGCCCCGACGCAAACGAGGGCACAAACUGUUUACAUUACAGCCACUACCACAGGGACAGCUACAGUCACCACGACCUAUUCGACUUCAACAUCCACAUUGACAACCCAUGAGACAGCUACUAUUACCUUUGAAACGACCACCACUAUAACAGUUCCAUACGCAAAGCGUGCUGAUCCAACAUCUGACAAAUGGAAGAGCAUUCUUAGUCAAGCCUCUGCUUUCGUCGGUGCAGUCUGCACGUGUAUUGAGAAGCCCAAGACGACCAGUGUGACGACGACACCAACGGUAACAGCUACCACCACAGCUACCACCACGGUCAGCAUAACAACUACUUCAACCGCGUCUGUUGUUGCUACAAUAUCAACUACUGAAACGAAUACUGUUACAACGACUACCACUGUGACGGCGACAGCCACUGUGACGGCAGCUCCUAAGCCAGACUACAACCAGUGCAGCGGAUCAAACACCUUUUGCGCGAACUCUGAAAGUUGUGUUUGUUACCCAACAACAGACAAUGUAGGAGAAUGCUCUACGAAUGGCGGCAGCUGCGGGCAACCGUGCAAUACUGGGGCUGAUUGUCCGAACAGCCGUUGCGUGACACAAUGCCGGUACUCUGGAUACGCGGGUGGCUGUACACCUGAUAACGAUCUCUUGAGGUGUCGGACUAGCUCCACUAGUGCCAGGUUGCUGUUUGCUCGCGGUUCGAAGUUGGGACAGGCUCGGGAUGUGGAAGCUCGAGCCGUAGCGCACCGACCUUAUAUCGAGCCACCAUCGCAGUAG